CACUACACCAGCGGCAGUAUAAGUAAGUCACUGACAGUUGCAAAGUACUUGUGGCACCAAUAGGCUCCUCUGGAAGGUGUCCAGAUCGCUGCAGAAAUGCCUCGUGGGAGAGUGCACUUUGCUCUCUCUCUGGCCCUCAUCUACUGCGGCCUUCUGAAUAGCAUCUUCUGUAAAGCACAAACAACUCCCAAAUGGGAUAUUAACCCCGUCCUGUCAAGGAGAAUGCCAUCUCACCUCCAGAAGAUAGAAGCUGACAACAAUACACUUGCCCACAAAUGGGAUAUAAACCCCGUCCUGUCAAGGAGAAUGCCACCUCACCUCCAGAAGAUAGAAGCUGACAACGAUACACUUGCCCACAAAUGGGAUAUAAACCCUGUCCUGUCAAGGAGAAUGCCACCUCACCUCCAGAAGAUAGAAGCUGACAACGAUACACUUGCCCACAAAUUACUCGAGGCUUUGUUAAGGGAGUCUCCCAGGAAGAAUAUCAUCUUCUCCCCUAUGAGCAUCUCCACCUCCCUGGCCAAGCUCUCCCUAGAGAACAAGUCCACGGUGUUCACUGACCUCCUUAAGGACCUUGGAUUUGACCUCAAGGACAUCAGAAAGUGGGAUGUGCACCAACUCUUCCAGAAACUGCACCAGCUGGAUAGAAAUAUAGAACUGAAGCAUGGGGACAUUCUUUUUGUUGGUAAAAACAGGAAGAUGGACUCGACGUUUCUGCACAAGCUGAAGAACACACUUGGCAUGAAAGUCCACAUGGUUAAUUUCCAAGAUGAAGAAAAAACCAAGAAGAAGAUCAACCACCAUGUGGCUGAAAAAAUGCAAGAGAAAAUCGACGAAUUAGCCACCGAUCUGGACCCUCACACUUUGCUGUUUCUUGUAAACUACAUUCUCUUCAAAGGCAUUUGGGAAAAAGCUUUUCAAGCCAACCUCACACAGGAGGACUUCUUUGUGGAUGAGAAGACCAUCGUGCCAGUGGACAUGAUGAAGAAGACAGAACUAAUGAUUUAUAAACGAUCAGAGGAACUGUCCGCUACAAUGGUUAAAAUGCUAUGCAAGGGAAAUGUGUCCGUUGUCCUGGUGCUCCCAGAUGUGAGACAAUCUGAAUCUGCUCUACAAGAGAUCCUCUCUAAGCGAGCUGAACUUAUGAAGUCCGGCGACACGAGAUUGGUGCACAUAGUUAUGCCCAGACUCAAGAUCUCCUCCAAGAUAAAUUUAAGAAAGCUGAUUCCUGUCUUGGGCAUUGAAAAUUUGUUUACUCCAAAAGCAAACUUAUUAGGCAUCACAAAGGACCAUCUCCCUGCUAUUUUAGAGGCUGUGCAUGAAGCCCGAGUGGAAGUGAGCGAGGAAGGUGUGGCAGUGGAUGCGGCCAAGCACGUGGACGAGAAGGCAGCCCUCCCUAAGGCGUGGACGGCAUCUCCUAUAGUUGUGAAAUUCAACAGACCCUUUUUCCUGUUUGUGCAGAAUGAGAAAACUCAAAAAGAGCUCUUUGUGGGCAAAGUCUUCAACCCCAAGUAGAGAUGGGGCCAUUCUGUGCUGAGCUAGAAUGUAGCUGCUUAUAAAUAAAGUGAAUAAAAUUCACUCUUAGUGAUUCAAGAGAA